AGCCUGCCAAGUACCAAGAACCAACACAGUAAAGAGCCCAACUUUUCUUUUAUUUUGCCUUCCUUUUCCCUCGCAAGUGUAAAAUGGCGAAAUCUCGUUUCAAUCUCUAUCAAUUCUAUUUGUAUUUAACUUUCCUCCAACUCCCAGCCUUAAUCUCUGCAAUCAGGAAGGACAUCAGCCUUCAAAGGAAACAGAUCUGUAAAAAUACAGUUCAAGGAAGAUAUCUUCUUUCUGAUGAUAAUGGCCAUGUAUGUGAUGCUCUAUCAGUGGAUCCAUGGUCUCGUUGUUGCCCUGGGACAGGAGAGAAAUUUUCUUGUCAUGGAUGCAAUUUUGUCUCACAAUGCUGUAAUUCAUAUGAAUAUUGUGUUUCAUGCUGUCUAAAUCCUACUCGGACGCAAAAAGAACUUGCACUGAAGGUGAAGAUUGCCAAGCCGAUGACAGCAGGGACUUAUGCAAGUAUCUUUGAUUUCUGUGCUGGGAGGUGUCGUCAUAAUUCGGAGAGCGUGGUUCAUGAGAAUGCUUAUGCUAGCGAUUAUCAUCACUGCUUUUCUCUGCCAUCAAAUUCUUCUGGGACUAUGGUUUCCCAUCUGGAAGCGAGAUUAGCUGGCAUCAAUGUUGUAAUUGGAAGGCAAGGGGAAUCUUGCAAUUCAGUUUGCAGGUCAAAGGGUCAGUCAUGUGUUCCAAACAAGCUUUCUGUGUUGAAUAAAUGUGAACUUAUGCAGAAAUAUAUGAGCUGCAAAGGAGCAUGUUUGGCCAGCAUUGGAUCAGAUCAACCUGCAGUAGUUGUUGAUGAUGCUCCUAAACAUCUGAAUCCAGGAGCAUGCUUGUAUACUCGAACACAAGCAAUGCUUUCAUGUGAUGGUUCACAUCGGCAUACUAGGAGACUUUGUCCUUGUGCAUAAUACCCUGCUUUAGUGUGAGUAAUCGGAGCAUGGCACCCGGGGGGGGGGGGCUGUUGUGUUUCUGUACUUUAUUAUGGAUUUUAAUUAAGAUUCUUAGCGUAUCAAUAUUCAAAAUUGGAGUCAAAUUUCCAUAUAUUGUAAAAUUCACGCUGGAUUAUGUAAUUUAACUUCCUGAAGCAACCCAUUGCUUUAUAACCAACUGGAAACCCUGGUAAAAUGAAGAAACUGAUGCAAAGUUCUUGAGUUUAUUUGGAGAGGAUAUUUAAAAGUUCUUUCUCC